AUGCUAACAUCUCUUAUUUUUCUUUCUUUUUCUCCUCCUCUUCUUCAUCUUCGACGCGGACUGCCUGCAGAUGUGGAAGAGUUGUCCACGAAGCUAAUGGCCAAGCUGGCCGAGGUGCAGAGCCUGGACGGUGGCACCUUCUUCAUUGGCAAUGCGGACGCCCUGCGCGGACUGCCCGCCUCGACAAUGACGGCCGCCUCGGCGGCAGCGUCCGCUGCGCAGUCGAGCCUCUUUCAGCCGCAACAUGUGCUGCUGCCUGUGGAGAAACAUGCCAAGCAUCAGGAGCGAAGGAUUCUAAAGACGCUGCAGCCGGGCAAUGUGUAUAUCGAGGAGAAUCAAGGACUCGGCGCUGGCGUCUUGGCCAACUCGAAGGGCUGAACGGGCAGCCUGCUGAUGACCACUUAAGUGUACGUUAAAGUCAAGUAACACUGUAACAG